UUUGAGCCAUGUCAUUGGCUACGAAGAGAAAUGCAGUGACUCUUGAGGUCACAGCUGAGUUUGUUUGCUAUAAAUGUGUUUUGUCACAGACAACACGUUUAGUGGGUGACUGGACUCUCAUCACUCCUCAGCAGCAGGGACAGUAUGAGCGCGUCUGUGGCCGUGUACAGGGGCGUCUACACCGAGGACCGCUUCAAACAGGCCUACGGCUCCGAGGACAGCGCCAAUGGAAGUCUGCGGCUGCGGGACAAGCUCGCCGGGAAGUGCAGGUGUUCAACACGAGCCUUCCUUCACCUGCUCAGGGAGAGAGUCCCCAUUUUCAAGUGGCUGCCGAGAUACAGGCUGAAAAAAUGGAUUGUAGGAGACACUAUAGCGGGACUGACAGUCGGUGUUCUUCACAUUCCUCAAGGCAUGGCCUUCGCUUUACUCACGUCAGUGGCACCAAUAUUUGGCCUUUACACCUCCUUCUUCCCCGUGAUCCUCUAUAUGUUGUUUGGCACAGGCCGCCAUGUUUCCACAGGUACCUUUGCUGUGGUGAGUCUGAUGACUGGCUCUGUGGUGGAGCAGUUGGUUCCCAGUCCCCUGGACCUGAACUCCAGCUCGUCUGAAGCAGCUGACUUUGAGGCCCAGAGGAUUGGAGUGGCCUCAGCUGUCGCUCUUCUCUCAGGAAUUCUAAUGCUCUGUAUGUGUGGUCUUCAGCUGGGCUUCCUGUCCACCUAUUUAUCAGAGCCAAUUGUUAAGGCCUUCACCAGUGCUGCUGCCUUCCAUGUCACCAUCUCUCAGCUGCAAAGCAUGCUGGGCCUGCGGCUUCCUCGCCACACUGGGACGUUCUCCCUCUUUAAGACUUUAGCGUCAGUGAUGGAGAACCUGCCUCACACUAACAUGGCUGAGCUGCUGAUCUCCCUUGUGUGUUUGGCUGUCUUGGUCCCAGUUAAGGAGAUCAACAGGCGUUACCGGCAGCGCCUGUGCACACCCAUCCCUGUGGAGAUUCUCACGGUGAUUCUUGCUACAGGUGUGGCCUAUGCCUCCUCACUGGACUCAUCUUACAACAUUGAGAUAGUCGGCCACAUCCCAGCCGGAUUUCCAAGGCCACAAAUGCCCGCCUUGCACACGUUACCUGACAUUGCUGGCGACACGGUAGCCAUAACAUUUGUCGGUUAUGCUGUUUCAGUCUCACUGGCAAUGAUUUAUGCCGAUAAACAUGGAUAUUCCAUACAACCCAACCAGGAGCUGCUGGCUCAUGGUAUCUCCAACACAAUAUCCUCCUUUUUCACCUGCUUCCCCAGCUCGGCCACUCUAGCCACCACUAAUAUUCUGGAGAGUGCUGGAGGACACACACAGCUCUCCGGCUUGUUCACGAGUCUGGUUGUUCUGAUUGUACUGUUGUUGAUUGGACCUCUGUUCUACUUCCUACCCAAGGCAGUCUUGGCCUGCAUCAAUGUCACCAGCCUCAGGCAGAUGUUUCUGCAGUUCCAGGACUUACCUGAGCUGUGGAGAAUCAGCAGGAUUGAUUUUAUGGUUUGGGUGGUAACCUGGCUCUCCGUAGUGGUCCUUAACGUGGACCUUGGCUUAGCCAUUGGAGUGGUUUUCUCCAUGAUGACUGUCAUCUGUCGCACUCAAAGGGCCAACUGUUCAGUACUUGGCCGAGCCAGCAACACAGAACUGUACAGACCUCUGGAGAACCACAGCAAGUGCUAUGAGGUCCCAGGAGUGAAGAUUCUGACUUACAAUGGGCCUAUUUACUACGGCAACCGCAGCUUCUUCAGGGAGGAGAUAAGCAGGCUGCUGGGCCUGACGCCAGAGAAGAUCCGCAGCUGGGAGAAGGCCAGGAAAGCUCUGGAGAAACGGGAGCGAGAAGCCGCCGUCAACACUGUGGAAAGAGGCAUUACAAACACAUCUUUUUCCUUAGAAAACGAGUUCUUUAAAUCAGGUGAGAAAAGCCUUUGUUGUGGCCUGCGAUGGACGGCAGUAAGUAUGGAUGUUGUUUCAAAGACUGCCAAUAUUACAGCAUAUUUCCUUGGCAGAUUGUUUUUUCUCUGUUGUGCAGAAACAGCUGAGAGUGAUGUCCAGGCGGUGGUGAUUGACUGCAGCAGCGUGAUAUUUGUUGAUGUUGCCGGAGCAAGACUCUUCACACAGAUGUGUACAGAAUGCCAGAAAGUGGGAAUUUAUGUUUUUUUGGCUAACUGCAAUGAGAGUGUGUUAAAGAUGCUGACAUCAAGUGGUCUGAUGAACUAUAUGAACCCCCAACAUAUUUUUGUCACCGUUCAUGAUGCGGUGAUGUAUAUUCAGCAGCAGAAGGAAAAACCUCUGGAGAACACAACAACUGUAUGGGUUUGAGGCAAAUCACCACGGCAACCAAACCAUAAACCAAGUCUAAACUGGCAGAGGACAUUGGGGACGUUGACAUUUGUUUUAGUCGCUGACUCCACGUCUCUCAGCUGAACUCAUACAGUAUUUGGUCCAGAUUGUACUGUACACCAAUGUUUCAUAGAAACAGUAGCCGGUUGUAGCACUAUGCCAAAUAAAAAUAAUUAUAACAUUAAA